GAAUAGGAGAUAUAUCCUCAUCAUCAUAUCAGAAAAUUACACCGACACCCCGAUAAGGUAGCUUAUAUAGUCAGCUCGUAGUUAUUUAGAGGGAGGGAGGCCGGCGGCGGGAUGUUUGGAGAUUGUCAAGUGAUGUCAAGCAUGGGUGGUGGAAGUGGGAUGAUUUCCUCAUCCGACUCCCUUUUCCCCAACUUCAUGCCUUUCUCUACUUCCGAUUUCUCUUCCAUCAUUCCAAAAGAGGAGAUGGAGAGCAUGGUGCAGAUGAGAUCAUCAGGAAAGGAAGAAAUGGAAAGUGGGUCGGGAAGUGAUCAAAUCGAAGGCGGAUUGUCCGCAAACGAGCAGGAUACCGAUCAACAACAACAGCCUGAUCAUCCUCCUACGAAGAAGAAGCGUUAUCAUAGACACACCGCUCACCAGAUCCAAGAAAUGGAAGCGUUGUUUAAGGAAUGCCCACAUCCAGAUGAUAAAAGAAGGAUGAAGUUAAGCCAAGAACUUGGUCUUAAGCCACGCCAAGUUAAAUUUUGGUUCCAAAACCGGCGUACACAAUUGAAGGCACAACAAGACCGGACGGAUAAUGCUAUGCUUAGAAACGAUAAUGAGAAUCUAAGAAAUGAAAAUGGUCGGCUGCAAAAUGCAUUGCGUGCCCUUGUUUGCUCUAAUUGUGGAGGCUCUGCGAUCUCUUUCGAUGAACAACACCUUCGUAUGGAAAAUGCCCGGCUCAAAGAGGAGUUGGAUCGUGUUUGUCUUAUCGCGAGUCAAUUUUGUGGGAGUGAUCCGAUGCAAACACAAGGACAGGGUCAUUUACCUCCAAUGAUGAGCACUACGAAUCUGGACUUGGAUAUGAAUAUGUACCCCAGACCAUAUGAUCAAGAUGGCUUGACAUCCUGCAACGAAAUGAUGCAGAUCAAUCAUUUGAUGGCACCCGAUCAAGGUCCCAAUUUUGCUGCUGCUAAUGGGUUAAUGAUCAUGGAAGACGAAAAGCCUCUUGCAAUCCAAUGUGCACUAUCUUUUAUGGAUGAAGUUGUUAAGAUGUGCAGGGUUGAAGAACCACUUUGGACCCAGGUUAAUGAAUUUGGCAAAGAAAUACUUAAUCUCGAAGAAUAUUCCAAGAUGUUCCCAACUCUGAAGAAUGAAUCAAAAGAGUCGAGAUAUGAAGCAUCUCGAGCUAGCUCGGUCGUGAUUAUCAAUAGUAUCACCCUGGUUGAUGCUUUUCUUGAUACAGACAAAUGGAUGGAGUUGUUUCCCUCAAUCAUCUCGCGUGCAAAAACGCUUCAAGUGAUCACUUCUGGCGUUAAUGGAACUGCAAACGGUUCCCUGCAGCUGAUGUAUGCAGAACUGCAAAUGCUAUCACCACUUGUACCAACAAGAGAAAUUCAUUUCCUUCGUUACUGUGCACAAAAUCCUGAUGAUGGGAGCUGGGCAAUCGUUGAUUUCCCACUGGACAGCUUGCACGAGACUUACCAACCCUCGUUUACUAGAUACAACCGUCGGCCCUCAGGUUGCAUUAUACAAGACAUGCCUAAUGGCUAUUCAAGGGUUACAUGGGUUGAGCAUGCAGAGGGUGAAGAUGAGCCAGUUCACAGUAUAUUCACUGAUUAUGUUAGCAGUGGGAUGGCAUUUGGAGCUCGACGGUGGUUAGCUGUUUUACAGCGCCAAUGUGAGAGGCUAGCAAGCCUUUUGGCCCGAAAUAUAUCUGAUAUUGGAGCAAUACCAUCUCCGGAAGCAAGAACGAAUUUGAUGAAUUUGGCUCAGAGAUUGGUACGGAUGUUCUGCCUUAACAUCACUGGCUCGUGUGGGCAAUCGUGGACAGCUCUUUCUGAUUCAACAGAGGACACGGUGCGAAUCACAACCAGGAAAGCAACUGAACGAGGCCAGCCCAGCGGCUUGAUACUGACUGCAGUAUCCACAACUUGGCUUCCUCAUCCUCAUUAUCAAGUCUUUGAUCUUCUAAGAGAUGAACGCCGCCGAUCUCAGCUCGACGUGCUCUCAAAUGGGAACCCAUUGCAAGAAGUGGCUCAUAUUGCAAAUGGCUCUCAUCCUGGAAAUUGUAUAUCUUUGCUCCGUGUCAAUGUGGCUAGCAACUCGUCCCAAAAUGUCGAACUAUUGCUUCAGGAGAGUUGCACAGAUGAUUCGGGUAGUCUUGUUGUAUACUCAGUGGUCGAUGUGGAAGCUGUCAAACUUACAAUGAAUGGUGAAGAUUCGUCGUCCAUCCCUCUCCUCCCACUUGGGUUUGUCAUUGUCCCAGCGGCACAGAACCCGAAUAGCAGCAUCAUUGAGACAGAGUCUGCAGGAGGAGGCUGCUUAUUGACCGUGGGACUACAAGUGUUGGCUAACUCAAUGCCCACUGCAAAACUCAACCUCGCAAGCGCCAACACUGUCAACAACCACAUUCAAACUACAGUACAACAAAUCAUUAAUGCCCUGGGUGGGGUCGCCAUCAAUAACAACAACACUGAUCAUGCCACUAGUGUGAUUAGUGCUGAUGAUGGCGACGAUGUUGGUGACUUCCACGAGCCACCAACUGCUCGUCCCUUCACGAAAGUCGAGUCAAGCCCUACUUUAAACUAAAAAAGUUGAUAGACUAUAUCAUGGUUUCCUUUUUUUGUUGUUGGUUAUUUGGGUUAAAAACUUAAAAAGGUAGGUAGCUAGCUAGGUCCAUAUUUGGGCAUGCAUGCAAGUGUGGUUUGUGUAUUGAAUUAGGGUAGGAGGAAGUCAAAGGGGGGUAAAAAUGUCAAUUAGUUACAAAUGACAUUAUGGUGGUUCUGCAAGAUUCAGAGAGUGUAAUGAAGAGAGGUGGGUGGUUGGUUGGUAGGUAGAGAUAGUGUCUUGUCAAACAUUAAUCAAUGGAUGGAUGGUGGCCGGGGAAAAGAAGCUAGCUUGCAUUAUGGUAACGAGGGUAGUCAAGAGCGCACCAGAUUUUAUGUUGUUCCUUGGAUGGUUUAAUUUGGUCUUAAUUUUGGGACCAAUUAAGCGGCAAGGAUAUGUCAUGAUCAUGGUUCGGGAAUUGACUUUCUUUGUUUUUCCUUUUUCUAUUUUGUAACCCCCAGCCGGCCCACUAAUAAUAACUUUGGGAAAUAUAUAUAUUCCCGUUGAUUUGAUGAAUGUUGUGGUUGACUUUGCAUAAUUUUAUUAAUUGUAGUCUUUCUUUUCGA